AUGGUCGCGAGACGUUGUCGUCGUCAUCACUUGAGCCGGACUGGCCAGCCAAAACCAACACGGCCGCCGCAGCUACUCACCUGGGACCAAGUGCCGUCGUGGUACGCCCAGACGGACCGGAUCCGCACAGGUUUCCGCCCGGUCACGCAGUCGACGGCCGAGUGCCUCGCAUCCCUGGCAUAUCUGCACAACGAGUCGGUCAACAUUUACAGCCACCUGAUCCCAUCUCUGGUGUUCCUCGUCGCCGCGGUGGUUCUAUUCGACGUGUGCCUCUUCACUCCGCUCAUGUCCUCCCGGUGGUACCCGGGCGCGUCGUGGCUGGACAUUCUGAUGAUCCGCUUCUUCCUGUUCACCAGCGCGGUGUGCUUCGGCGUGUCGGCCGUGUACCAUGUCCUCGUGUGCCAUUCGAGGGCGAUGGCGGAGCGCUGGGUCAGGCUUGAUUACGCGGCGAUUGUGUUGCAGAUCUGGGGCAGCUUUCUGAGCGGCUUGUACAUGUGCUUUUAUUGCGAGCCAGGAUUGCGGAAUGGGUAUUGGGCCAUGAUCACCACCUUGUCCGUUAUAACAGCACUCAUCGUGCUCGAUGCCAGGCUGCAAAGUCUGCAGUGGCGAAUGCUGCGGCUCUGGGCAUUCGUGGCCACGGGGUUGUCUGCUUUUGCGCCAAUCGCGCAUGCCGUCCUCAUCUUUCCCUACGGCCAGCUUGACAAACAGUCCGGACUUAGGUACUACUACCUGGAGGGUGUGUUCAUCCUGCUCGGCGCAGUCGUCUACGCCACACAUUGGCCAGAGUCCUCGAGGCCGAACAAGUACGAUAUCUGGGGCGCUUCGCAUCAGCUCUUCCAUGUGCUCGUCGUUCUGGGCGCCCUUGCUCACCUCUACGGCAUCUUUAGUGCCUUUGAUUGGAACUAUCGACAUCCUCGCUGUCCUGUGCCUGCAACGGGUCAAGAAUCCUGACGGAGCUUGCUUGUCUUCACAUGAGUUGGGACGUCGGAUCCGCGUGCCAGAAAUCCACUGGAAAAUAGACAUAGACUAGAACGAAGAGACACCUAGAAUACAUGAUGCAACUAGCAUAGACUAG